GAACUUCUUGAAACCGCUCCUUUCUGGGGAAAGAAAAUUUGUGGAGACAACAGAAAGUCAAAAGGAUAAUGGUCAAACGCUAUGAAUUCUUCUUAGUGGAUAUCCGGCCCAUGAAGGAAUUCUAAUCGGGCCGGAGAUAAGCCCAACCCUCUGGCCUGCUCUCACCUCCCAAACGGAUAAGGCAUUCUUUCUUUUUCCCUCUUCCUUCACAAGUGAUCUAUUUCCGGAAAGCAUGGCGUCCAAAAUUCUGCCUCAAGCACUGCUUACGAUUCCGUCAAACCCCGCCGCCGCGCAAUCUCCGCCGGCAAGGAGAUUGGGGUUUGCUUACUCGAACAAUCGCGCCGCCGUUCCCUCCUCCUCUUGCUGUUCGAUUGCUCGCAUUUCCGGUUCUGGGUUUUCUUCCAACUCAUUGGGUCUUGGUGAACUUGUCGCGGCAUUCGCCAGACACAGAGUUGUCGCCAGGGCAGAGGCGGAAGGAAGCAGCGGUGAGCCCGCGGGAGAAGGAGCAGAGGUGCUUGCGGAAGCUAGUGAGGGUGUUGAAGGAGAAGAAGGGGAUCCCGUGGAGGGUGGAGAAGUAGAGAAAACGCCAUGGCAGCCAAGAGUCAAGCUUGGCGAUGUUAUGGGGAUAUUGAACAAGCGAGCAGUUGAGGCAUCAGAGCUUGAAAGGCCGAUUCCAGAUAUCAGAACUGGUGAUAUAGUUGAAAUCAAAUUGGAAGUUCCUGAAAAUAGGCGUAGGCUUUCCAUUUACAAGGGCAUUGUCAUGUCGAGGCAAAAUGCUGGCAUCCACACUACUAUCCGCAUCAGGAGGAUCAUUGCCGGCAUAGGUGUUGAGAUUGUCUUCCCCCUCUACUCACCAAAUAUCAAGGAGAUCAGGGUAGUUUCUCACAGAAAGGUUAGGAGGGCAAGGUUGUAUUAUCUGAGAGACAAGCUUCCUCGGCUUUCCACCUUCAAAUGAAGACCAUCACCACAUCAAUCUCCCUUCUGCAGUUAUAUUGUUGUAGGUUCUUUCAAUCCUCUUCCUAUGCCCGGCUUGUUUGUAAGAAUUGAGCUGUCCUCAUCUCCAUUUCAUUCUUUUGUCAAAGGAAACAUUGUUUUGUAAUGCCUGGCCGGUCGAAUCGACCUCACUGUAUGCAAAAGCAAAGAUCAUAUGCCAGAUUGCAGUUUCUGUAUCAUUUGAGGCUCUCUUAAUGUCUUGGAUCUGGUUUCCGUUUCUGUAUCCUUUUCCUCUCUUAACAGAGACACAGUCCGUCUUUGUCAGAGAGUCUACACUAAUCUAUCAAUGGCUGCUUAACAGGUGUAACCCUGCAGAAGGUUACACGUGGCUUAUGUUUGGUUCUAUUGAUCUAAUGAUUAAUGAAAUGCAAGGGUAAAA